AUGUCUGGAUUUGACGCGAAUCUCGUCCAUGCUGUUCCUAUUCUCGGUGAGCGUCCUCUGGGGACAACGCUCGAGAAUGCCUCGGACACCGAACGCAUGCUCCUCGAUUUUCUCCUCCAAUACCGCGUUGGAGGCCAGUUUAUCUAUCGUGAUCAACUUCGGUCAAAUCUCCUGUUGAAGAUAGACUCGCUCGAAGUCGACCUCAGACACGUUGGUCUCUACAACGAAGACCUUGCGCAUGCUAUUCAAGAUCGUCCAGGAGACACGUUGCCACUCUUUGAAGCAGCGGCGUCCAAGGCAGCAAAGAAGAUCUUGUUCCCAAUCUCUACAGACGUGAGACAGGACGAUGCGGAAAAGGAAGGUCCAGAAGUGCAGAUCAUGAUCAAGUCUGGCAUGAACAUGCUGCAGUUUCGCGAUCUUACGGCAGAUACAUUUACAAAGCUCGUUAGAAUACCUGGUAUUGUCAUCUCCACCUCGACACUCCAAUCCCGUGCCACCAAGUUGCAUCUCAAGUGCCGCGCAUGCGGCUCAAUCAAGAUUAUGCACGCCCCUCCAGGCCUCGGUGGCGUAGGUGGAGGAUUUGAUCGAGGGUUGCCACGGGUGUGCGAUGCACCCACACCUGAUGGGCAAAAGAAGGACUGCCCAAUGGAUCCAUACAUGAUCAUCCAUCCCAAAUGCACAUUUGUUGACCACCAAACAAUGAAGCUGCAAGAAGCCCCUGAUAUGGUUCCGGUCGGAGAGCUUCCCAAGCAUAUGCUCCUCUCGGUGGACAGAAACCUUACGAAUAAAGUGAUCCCCGGAACUCGAGUGGUCGCGACAGGCAUCUUUUCGACAUUCUCCCCCAAAGGGAAAGCAGGAAAGGGUGCCGGUCCGGCUCUGAGGAGCUCGUAUCUCCGCGUCUGCCAUCUCGAGCUUUCGACUGGAGAAUCAGUGUCAUCAGCAUCACUGCUUGGCGGCCAGCGCUGGACAGCUGCCGAGGAAGAAGAGUUUGCAGAGAUGGCACGCUAUCGCGAUGAAAAGGGUGGCAUCUUUGAACGCUUCUCUCGGAGUGUAGCACCGAGCAUUUUCGGUAACGAAGAUAUCAAGAAGGCUGUGACUUGCUUGCUCAUGGGUGGCUCUAAGAAGAUGCUUCCAGAUGGGAUGCGCCUCCGCGGGGAUAUCAACGUUUUGCUAUUGGGAGACCCAGGAACCGCAAAAUCUCAGCUACUCAAAUUCGUGGAAAAGGUGGCGCCUAUUUCGGUCUACACCUCUGGCAAAGGAAGUAGUGCAGCUGGUUUAACCGCCGUUGUGCAGCGAGAUCCUGUCUCUCGUGAAUUUUACCUCGAAGGAGGAGCAAUGGUCAUUGCGGAUGGCGGCGUUGUCUGUAUCGACGAGUUCGACAAGAUGCGAGACGAAGACCGAGUGGCGAUCCAUGAAGCGAUGGAGCAACAAACGAUUUCGAUCGCAAAGGCCGGCAUCACCACUGUCCUCAACUCGCGGACGUCUGUGCUUGCGGCGGCAAACCCGGUAUGGGGACGAUACAAUGAUGAAAAGUCUCCGGGCGAGAACAUUGAUUUCCAAACUACCAUCUUGUCUCGAUUUGACAUGAUAUUUAUUGUACGAGAUGAGCAUAACGAGGCUCGAGACAGGACGAUUGCCAGGCAUGUCAUUGAUCUACAAAUGAACCGAAGGAAUGAGGAAGAAGUUAUUGGGGAAAUUGACAUUGACAAGAUGAAGCGCUACAUCACAUAUUGCAAAGCAAAAUGUGCUCCUCGACUUUCGCCAGAGGCCGCUGCGCAAUUAAGCGACCAUUUCGUCGUGAUACGCAAGCAAGUCCAAUCCGUAGAGAGAGAUAAUAACGAGCGAAGCUCAAUCCCAAUCACUGUUCGACAGUUGGAGGCCAUUAUUCGUAUCUCUGAAUCCAUUGCAAAGAUUGCACUCCAGACAUCUGUCCAGACGCACCAUGUAGACGAAGCCAUUCGCCUCUUCAAAAUCUCCACCAUGGAUGCCGUCUCUGUAGGCUCGGUUGAGGGGCUAUCAAGGGGACAGAUUCACGAAGAAAUGACUGCGAUUGAAAAGGAACUACGAAAGCGUCUGCCGGUUGGGUGGACGACCAGUUAUCAGAGUCUCGUCAAGGAGUUUGUCAAUAACCAAAACUAUUCGGCACAUGCUCUGGAACGAACUCUGUUUGUCAUGGAGAAGAGCGAAGUCAUCAAGUUCCAAGGGCAACGAAAAGUGGUUUGCCGAAUUGGAGUCUAA